GAACGAUUGGCGGCUAAUCUCUGCCGCUCGACACCGCUCUUUGUCGAUCGCCCUUUCCAUCCCCCCUUCUUUAAAAGGUCCACAGAAUCCUCUUUCUUGCAUCAAGCCAUCCUUUGAGCGGAUGCUCCGCGGUGAUUGAAUCACCCGUCCCUCUACCACGAUGCCGCCCACGCAGCAAGAUCUAUUUUUUUACAACGGGGACGGCAUUGGAGUUGAAGACCUAGCCAAGUACAAGCCUGGCGGACUCCAUCCCAUCCUUCUCGGCGAUGUCCUUCCGAAGCGUGGCAGUUGCAUGAAUGACGACGCUAAGCAGCCAAGAUACCGGAUCGCGCAGAAGCUUGGGUUUGGGGCAUUUUCUACCGUUUGGCUAGCGCGUGAUCUCAACGAGAAAAGAUAUGUUGCUCUCAAAGUCUGCAAUGGAUCAGAUGAACUCAUUCAGAGCAACGAAACAAGAAUUCUCAGUCAAAUUCACCAGAUUGGACGCGGAAAGCCAGGCUACAAUAAUGUGGUCGAAGUAUACGACAUCUUUACGAUACGGGGCCCGAAUGGAUUCCAUGAAUGUCUGGUAACGGAAGUCGUUCUACCCCUCGAUAGCAUGUCUAUCCAACAGAAAUGUCCGCCUCACAAAGCGAUUGAACAAGUAUUGAGGGGAUUUGAUUUUCUACACAACGAGGGCCUGGUACAUGGAGACCCCCAUUAUGCUAACUUCAGUAUCGCAAUACCACAAUUACAGCAGUUUGAUGAAGGGACGAUAGCAGAUUACUUUGCAGACCCUGCUGUUAUAACAGUGGUACCACGUGACCCAUCUUUUCCAAUGGACUCAAUACCGAGUUACGUUGCCGAAAGUGUCUCCUUAGGAGCAUUUCUUUUAGAUCAGCACUCUUUCCCCUCAAGCGAGGAGAUCUGUUUGAAGAUCUUGGAUUUUGGACGAGCCUCCUGGGCAAAUAAAAUUCCCAAAGACCUACCAGGUGCUGCUCCUCCCACGAUUCGACCGCCCGAGGUCUAUAUUUAUACAUUAUCUGAUGGAAAAUCCGGAUCCAUCUGGAGCAAAGAAGCGGACAUCUGGGCAAUUGGGUGUAUUGUAUACCAGAUCAAAACAGGAUGUCCACUACUGCUAGUCCAAGGUGAUUCCCAGUAUCAAUUUUACCAAGCUUUGCGGCUAGGAGGGGCACCACCGAAGGAAUGGUCCAAAUUUUGGGACUUAGAGACAUUUUGCGAGAGUACCAAGAGCUGGAAACAGCCCGUACCACCCUUCUUUGAUACAGAGCAGGCCUGGGAGUCUCGUCGACCAAAAUUCGACCCGGGGAGUGACCUGUUCCUCGAUCUGAUCCGGAGGAUGGUCACGACCGAGCCUACGAGACGAAGUCAGAUCACCCAGCUCCUUGACCAUCCAUUUUUCUCCCAUGUGGGUCUUGCGGAGGAAUGAUCGUGGGCAACGUCCAGCUUCCUUGCACAUAUUCAAAGGACGGUACUCUUUGUUUCCGAACACAGAAACCGCCGACAUACAAUGUACCGUUCAGUCGAAUCGAUCACAGUGCCUUGCGACCAAGUUCGGAGUGGCCGCUGCCAAGAGGAUCAGAGGAGCGACACCUGCCUCCUGAACCUUCCUGUAUCGACAUUGACUAUCAAGACGGCCGAUGACAAGCUCUUUCGCCAUUUUUGCAGUGCUGUGUAGCCAGUGCCUGUCUCCUUCGAAGACAUGGAGGACCUUGCAGCGGAGGAGCUAAUGCUGGGGGGCUUAAUGUCGUAGGUGGAAUUCUUUCAUUCGAUACGAGGCGAUAGGCUGAAUGGGUGCGCGGAGCCUAAACUCUCCAACUUCUGGUAUAGCCGUGCCGUGCUACAUCAUGGACCACUUGGGCUUUGAAAGAAACUAUGAGUCGUUGCAACACUACUUCGACGACGCCUGCUCGACGGAGGAGAAUCUUAACAGACCUAGUUUUCUAUUCGACCUUGACAUGAGGCCUAAAGCUGGCAGCAGUGAAAACAUUAUGCGCGAAGCAUUUUCACGAGCACAAGUAUUGGAGGAUAGUAUAUAGGAGGCUAUUAGAACAUGAGCCUUGAGCUUUGUGCCGGAAUGCUCCCAGAGUACAUAGUCGUAGUCUUGGGGACUGCACAAGAGUGGUUCAGCUCCAGCAUAUUGUUGAUACUGAAUGGACCAAGUUUUGCAUCUUA